AUGCCCGUCGCACAUGGGCUGGAAUAUGGCUCUCAUCGCGACAUUGCCGCAUUAGCCUUCGCUUAUCUCCACAAAGAAUCUCUGGAUAUCUACAAUCGUUUGCACUCUAUCGAGGAGGACGUUGCAUUUGUUACAAGUGUUUGCUCCUCAUACCCUCAUCUCCCUGUUCUACCGAAUCUGCGAUGCGGCGCGUGGUAUGUGGAUCCAUCAACGGCAAGAAGAGAACCGGCUUACUUCAAGUCUACUGACGGGCAUUAUGGAAAUUGGAGCUUCAACUUGAGACGACCCAACUUGCACCUGUUGCAGGUCGCACUGUCAGAAGGAGGUUUGAUAAUUGUCGACUCUACAAGAUCCGGGAAACGGAUUCCCGAUGCCCUGUCCAAGACUGUGCCGAUCUGGUGUACUGUCGUCAACCGUGCUAUACGCAGUCUUAAUCCCAUGACUCAGAAGCGCCAAUGGGAUACGGCGCUGUGUUGUCCACCCGGGGUUGUCAGCUCGCAGGAAAUGGCACAGAUUGAGGAGCGGAUCGAUGGAUGGGUCGAUUCACUUCUUGCCUCUUCAUACGUCCUACCCGACCUGGCAUUUCCCCUGAAGCCGCUAUGGAUCACGCCAUCUACUACAGUUCUUCCUCAAGUAACUUCGGCUGCUCUGCGGAAUUAUCUACCCGUCAUAUGCGUUUCUGCGUCUAGGUCUAUGAGUGAGGGUUUGGAAAGGCGAAGGAAUGGGUUUGCAUACGUUCCAGGUUCAGGUGAUGAUCAUGAACUCUGGGGAGUGGGGUUGACCCCCCAAUUGUUCUGGCAGCAUAAAACUGUCAUUCUCAAAGCAAUACGUUCGGACCUUCCUACCUUGGUUGGUUCUCUGGUAAAAGAGUCUCCAAGCCGGUCGCGCAACGACUGUUGGACCCUUCUGCCGACACCCAUUUUUCAGGUCGGCGGAUCCAUAUUGGUUGGUGCCAUCUCUGAUUUACCGCUGGCUUUACCUUCACAUUUACCCGAGUCGGGUGCCGAUAUCGCGUUCGUCUUGAUUAGUGGGAAUUCAACCUCAGAGCCCCUGGAUGAUCCAGGGUUCGAUGCUCCCGGUACUGUUCUCCAGUUACGCCUUUCAGAGGGGAAGAAGGAGCAACUUCACUUCCUUCGGAAUGUUCUCCCGAAAUGGUAA